AUGGAGUCCGCUACCUCGAACUACGCACCAUCCCCCCGCGCAUCCCCAUCCUCCAACAUAACCCGCGAGACAUACCUAACCACCAUCCUGGACACAAUCGCCCAAUUCCCCUCCAAACAACAAAUGCCCGUUUACCUCAUCCUAGCUCUAGACCGGGGCACCAUGACACCCACCGAAGCCCUCGAAAUCGUCGAUCUCGCCAUCGCCAACAAGCACCGCGGCGUCGUCGGCGUCGAUCUAUGCGGGAACCCGACGAAAGGCGACGUCACUAUCUACCGGGAUGCAUUUGCGCGGGCCAAGGCGAAUGGACUGCGCGUUACCCUGCAUUUUGGCGAGACCCCGGUUUCGGGGGAUGUUAGGGAAUUGGAAACUUUGCUUUCGUUUCAGCCGGAUCGGUUGGGUCAUGUUAUUCAUGUUCCGGGGGAUGUGAAGCGGGAGAUUGUGAGGCGGAGGGUUGGAUUGGAGUUGUGCAUGUCGUGUAAUGUGCAUGCGAAGCUGAUUGAAGGGGGAUUUCUGGAUCAUCACUUUGGAGAGUGGAGGGGACAGGAGUGUCCGAUUGCGUUGUGUACAGACGAUGUGGGCUUUUUUUGCAGCCCUGUCUCGAAUGAGUAUCUGCUUGCUGCGGAGCACUUUGGUGUUGGUCGUGCAGAAAUGAUAAGUAUGUGUGAGAAGUCGGUGGAUAUGAUAUUUGGCGGGGAACAGGAGAAGAAGAGGCUUCGCGAUAUUAUACACCGAUUCAAAGAGGGCGUCUGA